AUGCUACGCUUGAUCGGUGGUGGCGGCGGUGGUGGCGGUGGCGGCGGUGGUGGCGGUGGUGGCGGUUCGAUCCCCGAAGUACGGGAGAAAUGGCGGCGGCAGAAAGCUGCACAGCGUGCGGCAGCCCCUCCUGACUUGCGGGUGUGGCAGCGGCAGCAGGAUGCUGUACGGCACGCGGCUGCACGUGCUGACCCGGAGGUGAGGGCACGGGAGCGGCUGCGUGACACUGCACAGCAUGCAGCUGCACGUGCUGACCUGGAGGUGAGGGCACUCCAGCAGCAGCGGAAUAUGGCCCAGCAUGCAGUAGCGCGGCAGGUGCAGCAGCAGAAUCAGCAGGCCGCCCCUAGGGAUACGCUGUUAGCUCGCAUGCACCGUCUUCUGCGAUUCGCGGACCUUCAUCGUGGUGACGCCAUUGAUUUGCCAGAGUUUCUUUUGGCGCUUCCAGAGGGCCGCGUGCAGGACCUUCCUGGCGGUCAGUUACCGCCUGACAGGCAGGUACCGUACACCGUGCAGCUGCAGUGUGCAUCGACCAUGGCUGCUGCCUUGCGCCGGUGCAUGCCCUCCCGUGUCUGUGCUGUGUGCUCUGAAGUGUGCUCGGAGGACCAAUCGACGGUGCUGCACUGGAUGGAGAUUCCCAACGUUGACAUUUUACGUGCAGACGUAAUGUGUACGGACGCUGUGCAGCGCUGGGGGCAUACUUUGGUGUGGCGGCGGAUGGCGCGUACAGCUCAGGGAGACGCACCACCGCCACCUGACCCAGUCCUGCCUGCUCGGUAUCGUGUUAGCCGGGCUGAGCGGGCUGGUGCUGUGGAUGAGGACGGCGGCAGUGCUAGUGGAGCAGGCAGGCUGGUGGAUGAUGCAGCGGAAGCAGCAUUGGAGGUGGAUGGGGGUGCUCCGGGAACCAGCGGUUCAGAGUCGGCGACGGCUGAGCAGCAGCCGCCUGAUCAGCUUCCAUCGGAUCAACAGCCGCGCCCCCCGCGGGUGCUGCCCAGAGCCUGUCUGGACGACCCCGCUAGUGUUGAGGUGCCCUAUUGCAUGCGUCUGGAGCCGGACCUACCCAACCGCACUAUGCUGGUUGGCGAUGGUGCUGCAGAGCAGAUAUUCGUAUGCAACCUCUGCCACAAAGCCCUUAGCGCCCGACGAGUCCCUGAAGCUGCGCUGGCGCGUCUGGACCCUGGCGAUGUGCCGCGCGUCAAUCAUCUGGGCGACCCUCUGCCGUCGCCCACUUUUUUGGAGGGGCAGCUUCUGGGCCGUGGCCGCAUCAUCCAGCAGUUGCUAAUCAUGUACCUGACAGACCGGCCGCCGGACGUCUUCCCGCGUGCUGUAAAGACCCACGGCAUUGGGGUCAUUAAUCCUGACCCGAAUAUGCUGCGAGGCCAGCUGCCGGCGCGGGCCUCCGACCUGGCCGGCGCUAUCACGGUUGUCUGUGUCGACCAGGUUCGCAGCCGGGCGGAGCUGCUGGAACGCGUGCGAAAGGCGCCAGGUCUACAGCGCAACGACGAGGAGGAGCUGGCUAUCGACGAGGAUGCUCUGCAGGAGUACGAGCGCAUGGGCUGUGUGCGGCAGUUCCAGGACGUGGUGGAAGCGGCUGUUCAUGAUGGCAAUCUUGCCGAUGCAGCUGCGGCACCUGACGUGGAUACUGCAGGACCCGUGCAACCUACGCUGGCGGAUCCAACCCCGGAUGCAGGACAGGACCCUGGGCCGGGGCCAUUCACCGCCAUUCUACGAGGACCUGCCGACCAGCCAGUUGAAGGUGCACCAGUCGAUCCGGCAGCUGCCACUCUGGACGAGCUGGAGCUGAUCCUGCCACAGCCGUCGAAUGUUGGCGAUGAUGGCAGUGAAAUCGACCGCUUCCCAGGCCGAGUGGAGGACCUUCUGACUGGCCGUGCACGGCUUGUCGCCCACACUGGCAAGAGCAUCAACGACAGCCAGGCGCAGCUGACGUGCAACACUCUUACCCGAGUGCAGGAUUUCCUGCUAGCUGGAAGGACGGCGGAUCCGGGUGCCAGUGGGCCCACUGCAUUUGGCAACAUGUGUGCCACCGUGCAUCGCAUGACCGCUUCCAUUACGGCUGGUAUGGCGCUUGUCACCAUGAAGCUGGACGGUCAUUCCACCUUUGAGGCAAUGUUCGAGUGCGCAUACCUGCAGGUAGACGCGUUCACAGCGCUAUCUGCGGGCGCCGAGCAAUCUCCUGAGGCGGCGACCACAGCGGCGGUAUUGGUGGAGGCUGAGGAACAGGAGGGCUACACAGUGACCAACGCCGUGCAGAGCUACAUGCUGCGGGGGGAAGAACUCAGCGGCCUGGAUUGCAGCGUGUACAACAUCUCCUCCAACUAUGAGGUCCGACGUGUGCCGCCAGCUCAGCACCCGCACCGAGAACGAUUGGGCCUGCAGAUCCCGGCAGUUCGACGCCCCCCGGCCCCUCCUCCUGAGCCACCUCCUACAGCUGCAGCGACGCUCGACCAGCCAACGUCGCAGACAGCCACGGAGCUGCCCCGCCUGGUGGCCUUCCACGGCACGCAUCCGCUCUACAGAACACAUGUCCAUGUCCGCCUGCCGCGGCCGCGCUACGUACAGCUUGGAGGUUCUCUUCCCCGCCGGCCCCGCCCUGGCACCUCUCCUGCGGGCAUGGCGCAGUACUACGCGUUUGUCUUGGGUACUUUCAAGGCUCACCGGGGUCAGCCCAUCCCCACCGGGCUGACUGUAAAAGAAGCCUACGACACCUGGUGGGCAGAGCUGAGCACUACCGAGGCAGGUCGCUCGUACCAGGCGUAUGUAUCGGUGCUGUUGGACAACAUCGAAGAGGACCACGCUGGGAAAUCCCGCCAUCAGGCGGAGUACAACCAGCGGCGCCGCCAGCAGCGUGCGGCAGCGGCAGCAGCCGCGCUGCCUGAAGGUGACAGCACGAGCACUUCGGAUGGAGAUGCCAAUGACGGCAUCCGCGGGCAUCUCAGGCCUGAUCCUGAAACACAGCCGCCCGCCGAGGACCAGCUGGAGCACUUCGUGUACAUCCCAGGUCAGGAGUAUCCGACGGCUGGCACCGACCUCGCCACCGUCGCUCUUACGGACCUGUUUGACUGCACCAACGCUGCUGGCGCAUAUGCCUAUGAUGCAGCACGGCGCUGCCGAGCCCCGGUCCUAGUGGACGGCCAUGGUGCACGCAGCGAUCGUUUCAGCCGUCGGAUCACGCCAGCGGACCUGCCCCUCCUGACUGAAGCGACCAAGCGUCUGAAGCGGUAUCUCGUUGCAGCAGCAGCCAGCACUGUUGAGGCAGAUGGGGGCGCCCACACGGGACUGACGGCCACACCUGAGAUGGACACCCCUCGUGUCGAGCUGCACCGCCCCACCAGCGGACCCCUGGUCGCCAUCGUGCGCAUGCCUGGCACUCCUGAGCGGACUGAACAGGCUCGCAUGCCCAUCUAUGUGCACCUCCCCCAGCCGCCCAGCAUCGACGACACCAUCGAGCUGUUCACGCUUGCCCCCCACCAGGCCGUGCCCUUCAUGCUCAUGGCUCGGUACUUCGAUCAUCGCGAUGAGCCCAACCCUGGCGAUCCGCCGCAGAUGCUUGUGGAGGGCAAGCCCGGUACCGGAAAGAGCCAGUUCAUACAAGCACUCCUGUGGUACACCUUCCAGCAUGGCUGCCCGCACUGGGCGGCCACCUGCGCCUACUCAUGGGCUGCUGCAACUGCCUUCAACACACCGGUACAUCGCAGCCUCUCUACCCACGCCAUGUUCGCCCUAUCUGCUGGCAGCAACCGAGCGGACAGCGUCAGGAAAGGCAGCACAGCCAGCCUACAGGUGCAUCGUAAUGUCGGCGAUGGUGCACUCAUCAUUGACGAGAUUGGCAUGAACAGCCUGGACCACCUGGGUGCGUGCAACCAGUCCUGCACUCGUCACCUGUUACCGCCACCGCAUCUCGCCGGCGAUCACCCCGCCGCCACCAUCUUCAGCGGCCGUCCCAGCGCCAACACGGGCGACGAGUUCCAGCACCCGAAGCCAGGUGGUCCGCCCCUCUACCGGUACGCCGCUGCUGUGGAAUGCAACCCUCAGUUCUCGCCCUCUGUCCCAACCGCGCAACCUCUGCACGGAGAGGAGGACAACGAGGGUGAUCCUAAUGAGGCCGCCGCUGGAUCUCAAGGCGGUCAGCAGCAACCUGAAGCAGCAGCACGCCGGCCCCGGGCCGUCCCGCAGACUCAGAGCUGCAUACUUGAGGGCUUCCGGGUUUACCGAUCCCUGGCUAAGAUGGUCUUCUUGCUGGAGAAGCAGCAGCGCCAGGACAACAGCCCCUCUGGUCGUCGCCUGACAGAGUACGCCUCUAUGUUCGGCGGUGAGCCAGCCACCGAGCAGCGCAUAGGCGAGAUGGUCGACGACCUCAACAGCCGCGCCAUCGUUGACUUGGCCGACCUGGCACACCUCGAGCCGCGCGUCGUGCUGCAGAGGAACGAACCACGCCACACACUCAACACCCGGCUCAUCAUGCUGGAGGCACAGCGCAAGAAUCAGCGCCUUGUGGUGUGGAAUGCGGACCACGUCCCUGUCCAGAAGCGCGGUGCUGCUGUGGAGCCGGCCCUGACACACGUGGAGAAAGCAGUUGUGAUGCGGAUAAAGGAUCACGAGUUUGGCCACACCACCGCCGACACGUGGUACUACCAUGGCGCCCGAUACAUCCUCCUUGAUACGACAGCUGCCGAUGCCGGGGCGAGCCACAACAACGAGGUGGAAGCCUGCGGCCUGCUUGAGGAUGGCCGCGAGCCAGCCGAUGACGGCCGUGGCCCCUACCGCCGGCUCAAGUACCUUCCAGCGGCCGUCAUUGUGCGGCCUAUAAGCGGCCACAUCCCCGGCACCGUGCUGCAGGGCCUUGGAGACUACGCCAGCAGGGGUGGUGCCUUCAUCCUGUCACCCCGGGCGUCUUGCAUUGCCGAGGUGGAGAUGCCUGCCGCUGGGUAUGGCACCAUCACAAAGCAGAUCCGGCGCCUCAACGUGCCGCUCGGCGACCGCCAGGCGGUCACCGAUUACUUCGUGCAAGGCCGCAGCUUCAAAGACGAGUGCUGGCUGGUGGAUCUCGCUGUCCCACCCAACGGCAUCAAGCACGCCACCCUGUAUGUGCUGCUGACCCGCUUCAAGACGCUGGACCACGUCCGUCUGCUCCGGCCGCUCUACACUACACCGCAUGAGCGCAAGAGGAUAAUCAAGCAGUUCCUCAGCGCGACUAACCUUGAGCCGGACCUGGCCGCCAACCUGCGCCUGCUGAAGCAGGCAGCGCGCGAGACGGAGCAGCGCUAUACAGCCGAGUUCCAGCAUGCGCGACAGCUGGAAGCGCGCUGGACCGGCCCGGUCCAGGCCUAG